UUGGCGCCGGCUGGGGAAGGACGGGCGGGUGUACUGCGGAGCCUAGCCAAGAAGGAAAAUUGGAGCGGAAAGAAGACGCGCAAAAAGCCCGAGUUCUCGCUGUUUGCUCCUGAUUUGCAAGCUGGACUGGCGCUUUUGGCCACGAUGAAGCGGCCCUGCGAGGACACUACCUCAGACAGCGAUAUGGACGAGACUAUAGACGUGGGGAGUGAAAAUAAUUACUCGGGGCACAGUGCCAGUUCUGUGAUCCGAUCAAAUUCUCCUACGACGACAUCUCAGAUUAUGGCCAGAAAAAAAAGAAGAGGGAUUAUAGAGAAAAGGCGUCGUGACCGUAUAAAUAACAGUUUGUCUGAACUGAGGCGACUUGUGCCAACUGCUUUUGAAAAACAAGGAUCUGCCAAAUUAGAAAAAGCAGAAAUCCUGCAAAUGACAGUGGAUCAUUUGAAGAUGCUCCAGGCAACAGGCGGGAAAGGUUACUUCGAUGCUCAUGCCCUUGCCAUGGAUUUCAUCAGCAUUGGGUUCCGAGAAUGUUUAGCUGAAGUUGCAAGAUACCUGAGCUCGGUGGAAGGUCUGGACACAUCCGAUCCUCUGAGAGUUAGAUUAGUCUCCCACCUUAGUUCCUGUGCUUCUCAGAGGGAAGCUGCUGCAAUGACCUCGUCGAUGGCACACCACCACCAUCCUUUGCAUCCUCACCACUGGGCAGCAGCUUUCCACCAUCUCCCUACGGCUUUGCUGCAGCAAAAUGGACUCCACUCCUCCGACAUCUCUCCUUGCAGACUUUCAACAGCCUCAGAGGUGCCUCCCCACGGAUCUGCUCUUCUCACGGCGACAUUUGCUCACGCCGAUUCCACACUUAGAGUGCCCUCUGCUGGCAGUGUUGCUCCCUGCAUCCCGCCACUUUCUACCUCUCUUCUCUCGCUCUCAGCUACUGUGCAUGCCGCAGCCGCAGCAGCUGCUCAGAGUUUUCCUCUGUCUUUUGCCGGGGCAUUCCCGAUGCUCCCACCCAGUGCAGCUGCAGCAGCAGCCGUGGCAGCCGCAACAGCAAUCAGUCCACCUUUGUCAGUAUCUGCCACUGCCAGCCCUCAGCAGUCCAGUGGUAAUGGAAACAGUAAGCCUUACCGGCCUUGGGGGACUGAAGUUGGAGCUUUCUAA